AUGGCGGACGCAGAGGUGCUUAUUACCGGUGAUAGUUCUGGUGAAAGUUUUUGCGUUUCUGUGUGGGAACUUCAAUCAGGAAUGCAGAUCAAGACUUAUAAAGGUAGUGGCUGUGCAACCCAUGCGUUAAGUUUGUUAGGAAAGCAGUAUUUAGUAGCAGCGCAAGAGAACAAAUCUGUCCUUCAUGUGUGGAACGUCGCCAAGGAACAAAUUUAUAUGAAGCAAGUUUGCCCGGCCAAGGUGUCAGCRAUCAUAUGUUCACCUGAUGGUAAUUACUGUGUUGUGGCAUGUGGAGAAAAGAUAUACAUUUGGCAGGUGGCAACUGGUCAUUUACUGGUCAUCCUUCCUGGACAUUUUCAAAAAGUCACCUGUUUAGUAUUCACUGACAAUGGUACCCACUUCCUGUCAGGAGGAAAUGAUAAUCUGGUCAUGACGUGGAAUAUGGCACAAGUUCUCWGUAAAACAAGUGGYGUGAGAACCCAAGAGCAGUCAUUAGCUCCACGGCAUACUUGGUCUGACCACUCAUUACCAGUCACUGACAUCCAUUGUGGUUGUGGGGGRUUGARGGCUCAUGUAUUCACAUCAUCUCUGGAUCAAACUUGUAAGAUAUAUAACCUAGGCUCUGGUGAGCUGCUUUGCUCUAUUGUGUAUGACUGCGGCAUAACAUCAAUAACUACAGACCCUUCUGAGUAUCACCUUUUUGCUGGUGGCUUCCAUGGAAAUAUUUAUCAAGUGAAUUUACAUAGUCCUGCAAUUAAAGAAGUCAAUCAUGUKGAGAAUGACCAUUCACAAGUAUUCAAAGGACACAGUAAAUCAAUUACUAGUCUGUCAGUCUCAAUGGAUGGUUCAUUGCUGGUAUCAGGGUCACUKGACUGUACAGCGCGGACAUGGCAUAUCCCCAGUAGACAGUGCACUAGAACUAUUUCUCAUAAAGGUGCAGUUACCAAUGCUAAAAUAAUUCACCGUCCUUCUAAUAUCAAUGAACCUCUGCCAAGAACCUUGUGGCCUCCUAUCCAGCCAUUUAAACGGCAUCUACACACGCAAGACAAUGAGUCAAAUGAAGACAGUCYUACUGGAGAUGUCCCUAUGGUUUUUAAUGAGUCUUUAACUGAGGCUUCCUAUGACAUGAAAAGUGAUUUACAGAACCUAUUAAACGAAUAUUGUUCCGAUGUACAGCAAGAYGAAGCAAAUAAUCGGACUUUAGAUCGAMAAGAAUUGCUCCAUCAAGUCAGCCAGUUGCAGAAAGUAAACCAAGACCUUUACCAAUUUGCAGUAGAUGAGCUCAUGAUGAAAGUCAAAGAAAGUUUAGAAAAUUCUUAGCAAAUUGUGGACAUAUAAUUUAUUGUAAUAAAAAGCACGAAAGGA